CGGGGGCGAUAGCGCCGUGCCCGCCCGGGAUGCGCCGCGGGCGAGCCCGGCUGCCCCGGGGGAAGUUGAAGGCCGGGCUCCCACGGGCCGCUCGGCCGGCUGCGAGGGGGCGGGCGGCGCCGGGCGCCCGAGGAGGAGCCCGAGCAUCCCGGCGCCGGGGACAGCCGGAGAACGGGCGGCGAGGCUUCAUGGGCUGCUCACGCCAACAUGGUGCUCGCCCUCAACGGCAGCCACCUCUACGGUAACCUGCGGCCCCUGGUGCUGGAGGAGCCGCGGGCGCUGAGCGGCGGCAGGAUGAUCGCCGGCUCCUGGCCCCCGCGCAGCCUGGCCAAGCUCGGCCCGUCGCCCCCCCCGUCGGCGCUGCCCACGGCGAGCCCCCUCCCCGUCAACGACUCCCAGUGCGGGGAGCAGAUCCUCAGCUACGGCAGCGCGGAGAAAGUUCUCAUCGGGGCCGUGCUCUGCCUCAUCACCCUGCUGACCAUCGCCGGCAACUGCCUGGUGGUGAUCUCCGUCUGCUUCGUGAAGAAGCUGCGGCAGCCCUCCAACUAUCUCAUCGUCUCGCUGGCCCUGGCCGAUCUCUCGGUGGCCCUGGCCGUCAUGCCCUUCGUCAGCGUCACCGACCUUAUCGGCGGGGAGUGGAUCUUCGGGCGCCUCUUCUGCAACGUCUUCAUCGCCAUGGAUGUCAUGUGCUGCACGGCCUCCAUCAUGACCCUCUGUGUGAUAAGUAUCGACAGGUACCUGGGAAUUACAAGACCCCUUACAUACCCUGUAAGGCAGAAUGGGAAGUGUAUGGCCAAAAUGAUCCUGUGUGUCUGGCUUUUGUCUGCCUCUAUCACCAUACCCCCGCUCUUCGGCUGGGCCCAGAACGUCAAUGACGAAAAGGUUUGUCUCAUCAGUCAGGACUUUGGCUACACCAUUUACUCCACAGCAGUUGCAUUUUAUAUUCCAAUGUCAGUGAUGCUUUUCAUGUACUACCAGAUCUAUAAAGCUGCCAGGAGGAGUGCUGCUAAACACAAGUUUACUGGUUUUCCCCGUCUGGAAGAAAUGGAAGGGAUUUCUGUGAAUGGACUUGUAAAACUGCACAAGGAAUCUGAAGAAUGUACUAAUUUUUCACGACUUUUAAAGCAUGACAAGAAAAACAUUUCCAUCUUUAAAAGAGAACAGAAAGCUGCCACCACCCUUGGGAUUAUUGUUGGGGCUUUCACAAUCUGCUGGCUGCCCUUUUUCAUCCUCUCAACUGCAAGGCCCUUCAUCUGUGGUACAGCGUGCAGCUGCAUCCCCCUCUGGGUGGAGAGAACAUUUCUGUGGCUGGGCUAUGCAAACUCCCUCAUUAACCCUUUUAUCUAUGCCUUCUUCAACCGGGACCUGAGGACAACGUACCGCAACCUGCUGCAGUGCAGAUACAGGAACAUCAACCGCAAACUCUCGGCCGCGGGCAUGCACGAGGCUCUGAAGCUUGCAGAAAAGCCAGAAUUCGUUCUGUAAGGUCCCUCAUCCUCUGCUGUGGUCAUUUGUUGUUUUAUCACAUUGGCUUUUUCCCCACAGGUUCUAAAGAAGAGUUGUAGGAAGAACCAGUUGAGCGCUGUUAAUGCAGUCGUCAGGAAACAAGGUAGAGCCCACCAGUCCCAAUCAGCCUGGAAAAGCAAGACCACCAUCUAAAGAAUUUGGGUGUAAGAGGAAUAUAAGAAAGGAUGGAAGUGAAAUGUAGCACAGGAUGUUUGAGCUGUUAGUGAGGGAAAAGCAAAGUUGGUCUAACCCAUUUGUAUGGCCCAAAAAUGUUUAGUAGGUCUGAAUGGUGGAUGCACCUUGUGUCCCAGAGAGUCUUUGCUGUAAUAAAGACCUGAGAAUGGUGAAAAGUUAAUUUCCUUCCACUUCAGUAUUACAAAAAGAAAUCAUGAAAGAAGAAGCUGAGUCAAAGAACUUCUAUUCCUUAAAAAUAUUCUUUAUGAAAAAACCCCAUAUGUUCAUUAAACAUUAAUUUACUGGAUUGCCUGGAAAUGAACUGUGUUGUGAAAUUCAAUAUUGCCUUUGCACAGCAACUCUGGCACUGAAAGAAUAUGUCACGGUUCCAAUGUGAUUAAAAGAGUUUGAGUAAAGUCACAUGGACCAGCAUCUACUGCUGCAUACAGCCCUGCAGCACAAUUAGCUGCAGUGCUGCUGUGCAAAUCACACCAGGUAAUCUUGUACUAUAUUUCUAACAUUACAAAUGUGUCUGAUUACAGUUAAUUUCAGGAUCUGUCUGGUCUUUGUCCAUCUCUUCAUUCUUUCAUUCUCUUGGCUUUCUCAGCUGAGCAGUUCUCCAGUCUAGAUGGAGACUGUGCACAAGUCAUUUCCGUGAUGUAUGGCUAGUCCUUGUUCCACUUCAGUAGUUAAUUUACUGCCUAUUUGAAAGCUCUUCUACUUUCUGGGACUUCUUUCUCUUCUGAAGUCAGUAAGGAAAAAACAAACAUAAGACUUUAUGACUUCAGAGACAUCUGGACUUUAUCCUUAAAAACUGAUUUUAAUCAUCACUUGUCCUUAAAGUGAUUUAAAGCCUUGCAGUGUGUACAAAUAAAGAUCAUCUACUUUUUCUGGUUCUAGCUUUUUUUACCAUCAUUGCAGUUUGUCCUGGUAUGAGACCCUGACUUUAGUAACAGAUCUCUUCUGUCAGUGUAGCAGGGCCAAAUAGUAUAACAAUUUUUAUUUAAAAAAUUAAAAUAAUCAUAUAGGUUAUAUUAAUAUAUCACUAGUAAUGUAUUAAUAUAACAUGCAGUGAUUUUGUAAGAUAAUAUUAUAAUAGAAUAAUAAUGAAACAAAUCAUAAGAUCAAGAUGAGUUCUUUGGCCCAAGUUUGCACUGCACACCAUGUUCCAGCUGAAGCAGAGGGCAAGGGUGUAUUACUGAAUAAAGACUUCAACCUUCAGAGCUUGAUCUCCUUUUUCAGAUACUGGGACACCAGUGAGGAGACAUGUUCAUUAUCAAAUGGCCUCAGCAUCAAAUCCCACUUUAGGCUAACUUCUGUCCCUGCUUUCUGAAGUCUGAAGGCAAAAUGACUUCAAUGAUCUCAGUGAUGUUCGUUUGGGCUAAGCAGGGAGCAGUCAGUGCCAGAGCCCUUGUUCCGAGCUUACAGAUGUAAUUGCAGACACUUGAGCCUCUCACUGGCACAGAGCCAAGAGCUGGGUGAUGUGCUGAGCCACGUGUACUGAAACAGGCUAAAGCAAUUUUAGAUGCAUUCAUACACUACAGUAGGGAGUACAUUUUGGCCUAAUUUUCACAACAGAAUUGUAGAGUAGGAGGUUGUAUUCCAGCUUCAAAACAGUUUUCUAAAGAAGUUUCAAACUGAUUUGGGGCAGUUCUAUUUAUUUUAAAAGUUCCAAUAUUAUGCACAGGGACAAGAAGUGAUUUGGGCCCAGAAGAUCCACAAGUUCUGGAGUACAGAGUUAACUCAAGCAUGUUUUCCACAUUGAACAUGAAAUGAUUGUUGUUUCUUUAUUACUUAUCAGAGCAGCUUUAGUUUGUUUGUUUGUUUCCAGCAUAAAUGAGACGUUUUCAACGCCUCCUGUAAGUUUUUUUCCUGUAUAGGGACAUACAUGGGAAUAUACAAAUAGGGGAAGACUCCAAGUGGGACUAUAAAACUCUGAAGGUGAUUUUAGAAUUUUGGACAGAAGUUGUGUUUCCUCCAAAUAAGAUGAUUUUAAAAUAUUUUUUUAAAUGGAAUAUGUGUCUUGUGAGUCAGAAAUUGACAUUUGCCCAGCUGUCACCAAAGGCAAUUGCUUUCCUCUGGGAAAACAUCCUGCAGGAGUCCAGCUUUCCUCUUCCAUCUGCUUCAGGUAAUGAGAGCUCAGGAAGGAAUAAGAGUUGUUAUGGUGUAUAUACCAAUCCUUGAAGUUUUUGGAGAUAAACAUCCAUAUUUGAUCUCUGGAUGUUCUUGGAAAGAAAAGAAAAACCAAAGAAAAAAUACCCCAAAACACUACAAAAUUUCUUCAUACACCCAAAUCAAAAUAUAUAUGAAUGGAAGGUGUUUCUAGGUGGAGCUUUUUUGGGGGGAAAAGUAAAGAAGUUUAGAAGAUCAGAAAAAAUGUCCCACUGCCCAAGCACAUAAAGAAGUUGAGAAGAAGAGAAAGUUUG